CAACAACAACCUUCUAGUUCGUGAGCCAAAAUGGCGUACGCUCCAGAGAUUGUUUUGGAUUGUUUUCCGGAGGACGCCUUGCUUCCCAAGAAAGAGAUUGGCGCCGAGAGGUUCAUAAAUAAGUUUCCUGAGUAUGAUGGAACUGGGGUACUUAUAGCUGUAUUUGAUUCUGGCGUAGACCCUGCGGCGCCGGGUUUACAGGAACUGCCAGGAGGACAGAGAAAAAUCGUGGAUUUAAUAGAUUGCUCUGGAAGUGGAGAUGUAGAUACAACUGUUAUAAGAACUGUUCAAGAUGGAAUUUUACUUGGAUUGACAGGCAGGCAGCUCAUAGUUCCAGACCAUUGGAGAAAUCCAACAGGUGUCUUUCAUGUUGGGGUCAAAAGUGGGUAUCUUUUGUACCCUAGUCGACUGAAAAGCAGACUCCAGAAUGAGGUGAAAGAAAAACAUUGGUCUCCUGGCCACAACAUCAGUCUGGCAGAUGCUACCCAGCGUUUAUUUGAAUUUGAAAAGAGCUGUCCAUCACCUGUAACAUCUGAGCAAAGACUUACCCAUGAAGACUGCAAGGCAGCAGUUGAGGUUUUAAAUUCACUUGAGAAGAAAUACAAAGACCUUGGCCCUGUUUAUGACUGUGUGGUUUUUCAUGAUGGAGACGAUUGGUGUGCCUGUAUUGAUACAACAGAAACGGGGGAUUUGGCCAGUUGCACUGUUCUAAGGCCAUUUCGAACGUCAGGAGAUUUCUCACGUUUCGGAGAUGAUGAUAUGCUCAGCUAUAGUAUAAAUGUUUACGACGAAGGCAAUACCCUAUCAAUUGUUACCAACUGCAGUGGUCAUGGCACUCACGUCGCAAGCAUUGCAGCCGGAUACCACGAAGAUGCACCAGCCUACAAUGGAGUUGCACCAGGCGCUAGGGUGAUAUCAAUGAAAAUUGGAGACACGAAAUUGGAUUCAAUGGAAACUGGAUCGGCAAUAAUGAGGGCGCUAAUCGCUGCCAUUGACAAUAAAGUUGAUGUUAUUAACAUGAGCUAUGGAGAAUCAUCGAAAUGGCCUAACGCAGGUCGUGUUAUCGAGAUGAUCAACGAAACUGUUAGCAAGCACAAUAUUAUUUUUGUCACAAGUGCAGGAAAUGAUGGUCCUGCUUUGUCGACCGUUGGGGCACCUGGUGGCUCGUCAGAAUUUGUAAUUGGUGUUGGUGCAUACGUAUCACCUGAAAUGAUGCAAGCAGAGUACUCAACCCUGGAGAAAAUGCCGGGAAAACAGUAUACUUGGUCAUCAAGGGGCCCCUGCGCAGGUGGAUCAUUGGGUGUGUGUAUAACUGCCCCAGGAGGAGCAAUAACCUCUGUUCCAAAAUGGACUUUACGAAAUACACAGUUGAUGAACGGGACGUCAAUGUCAUCGCCAAACGCUUGUGGAGGCGUGGCGGUUUUGCUUUCAGCUCUAAAGGCAGAGUGCAUUGCAUAUGCCCCACCGAGCAUACGGAGAUGUUUGGAAAAUUCAGCAUUGAAAAUUGAAGGUUCAGAAGAGCUUACUCAAGGCAGGGGUAUGCUGCAAGUCGACAAAGCAUUUGAGCUUAUGAAGUCUGAAUCUCGGCCGUGGAUAAAUGAUGUCACAUUUAAGAUUCAAUGUGAAAAUGGAUCAAGAGGCAUUUACAUACGUGAACCAUACCAGUUUCGACAGCCAAGCCUGCGAAAUGUCACCAUUGUGCCGGUUUUCCACAAAGAUUGUGCAAAUGACCUAAAAUUCACUUUUGACAUUCGGGCAUGCCUUGUUGCAACUGUGCCAUGGAUCACUGCGCCUUCGCAUUUCGCUUUAGCGAACUCAGAGAGAACUAUCGGUAUCAGAGUCGAUACUACGGGCCUCAAUCAAGGGGUACAUUAUGGAGAGGUUUGUGCAUAUGAAAUUUCGCAUAAAAACCAAGGCCCUCUAUUUAGAGUCCCAGUUACCGUGGUUGUCCCUUCCAGUGACGUUCCUGAAAAGUUUCAAAAAGAUUUCAAACCAGGAGAAGUGAAAAGACAUUUUAUAGCAGUUCCUAAUGGAUGCACAUGGAUUGAGUUAACACUCCAGUCACUAGAUGCUUCUCAAGAUGCGCGGUACCUUGUUCAUGUGCUGCAGUUGGAAAAAGACAGCAGGUUUUCUGAAAACGAUAUGCGAGAGUAUGUCACGUUGAAGCCUCUUAAUACAUCGAGGUUGUAUGUUAAAGUUCUGGGUGGUUAUACCUUAGAACUUUGCGUAGCAAGAUGGUGGAAUAACAUUGGUACGUCGAAUCUCCUGUAUAGUGUAGAAUUCCAUGGUUUAGAACCAAAUUGCAAGCAAAUUUUCUUGAACGGUUGUGAAGGUCUUACUAGAGUUGAUGUCACAUGUCAAUCAAUGGCAGAGGAUAUUUUACCUGUUGCUACUCUAACACACUAUGUACUACCACUGACGCCAAAAGAUAGUAAGCUACGCCCUCUCGGAGCAAGAGACCUUAUUCCAGGAGGCAAACAAAUCUACGAACUAGUUUUAACGUACAAUUUUACGCUGUCCAAAGAGGCCGAAGUUACCCCACUAGCCCCCCUGCUCCACGAUUUGCUUUAUGAAUCAGAAUACGGAUCGCAAUACUGGAUGAUCUUUGACCAAAACAAGAAGUUUGUCAGAGCUGGGGAUGCUUUUCCAAUUAAGUAUAAAUACACAGCAAAGUUGAAUGGAUCGAUGACACUGCUUUUUCAAUUGCGACAUGACGUGAAAGACCAGCUAGAGAAAAUGCGUAACAUGGUUUUAAACCUUUCUGUAAAAUUGAACUCGCCAAUAACAUUGGAUUGUUACGCGAGACGAAAGGAUAUUUACACUGUGAAUAAUCGAUCGAAAUUCUCGUCAAGGAGACUUCAACCUGGAAUGACAUGCCAAGUCUAUAUUACUUCCCUAAAUGACGACAAAAUUCCUAAAGCAAUUAAACAUGGUCAGUAUUUAACUGGAAAUAUCACGUUUGCCAAAAGUGAAGGAGGCAAGCGAGUUAGUAAAUACCCGCUUCAGUACAUGGUGCCUCCACCCAAAGUAUCCAACAACAACGCAAAGGUUAAUGGAAAGCCGAAAGAUCAGACAGAGGUAUUGAAGGGUUAUGAAGAUGCAAUGCAAGAUCUUAUGGUUGCCUGGAUUCCAAAGCUUGACGGUCACCAGAAACAGAUAGAGCUGUAUGACAAAUUGCAAGACAACAUCCAUGCUCAUAAUGCAUACUUGAAUUCUAUAGAUUCGACAAAAGGUAAAGAAAAAUUGGAAGAAAUAAUCAAAGUUUCAGAUAGAAUCAUAGGAAUGAUUGACCGCAACGAAUUGGCAACUUACUAUGCUAUGAAAACAGAUCUGAGUGACGAUGCUGCCAAAACUAAAGUGGAAAUGGACAAGAAAAGAAAUGUCCUUACCAAUGCCCUUUUGAAGAAGGGGACUGCAAUGGCUGACAUGAUGAUAACAUCUGACAGAACUGCAGGUGAUGUCUCUGUGUUGAUCUCAGAGAGUGCAGAGCCAAUGAUGCCGACGAUUGAUACAGGACUUGACGAAACCUUCCAAGAAUUUUCUAAAUGGACUGACCCAACAGAUUCGAAGACGCUGGCCUUUUUUGUACGUCAUGCAACUGCUCGUAAGCAUUACGGACGUGCGCUUAAAGCUGUUUUGAAGCUCCAAGAAGACCAGUCAGCAUCUCCUAAAUACGAUGAGCUGUCAGUACAACUUGCAGAGGGUCUUGGCUGGCACCACGUGGCUAGUCACUUCAAAAAGUCAAACAUGUUAAGACAACCUCCAAACUAUGAACUUUUUUAAAGAAAUUCGUCCUGAAGAAACUCACACCCUUGUUAGUUUGAGCGAGCAUUGAUGAAUUGAUUUUUUAUCUUAUUUGCAUCAUUUUAAUAUUAUGAAAAUGUAUUGUUCCAAUCUACAAAUAUUUCUCCUCGCAAUCUCAAUGCCUGGCCUCUAUUCUGGGCCCAAAAUAAAGCCCCCUUGGUUGUUUUCUUUCGGAAUUUGUAAAGACCCUUGCUCCUUAUCAUGCAAGCAAAAGCUUGCUUCAGAGGCUAAUGUGCAUCCUUUUUCAUGAAAAGAUGUCUUCAUUUAGCAUCUGAUAGGGCUAGAAAAAGUUGACUUGAGCAUAACGUUAACUAAACCAUCUCCAUUUAAAUACUGUUUUCGGCAUGUUAAGGUAUAAAAUGUCUCUGUUUUCAAUUCUGUUUAAAAUUUCAGGGAAAAGCUUAUAGUCUUAAAAAAGGUUUUUGCGGUUCAAUAUAUCUGCAGAUAUUUGACACUAAAAAUCAUUUCAAGACUUACUGAGAACAGACUGCAAGAAAAUGACUGCAAGAAAUAUUCUGACAUGUUUUUUAAGCUAAUCUUAAGGGCGUGGCCGCAAAUAUUUCCCGCUCGCUUCGCAUAAAAUCAAAGGCAUAACACACAGUGAAGCAUCCUAGUGCGUUUUUCAAGAGUUGCUUUUCAGUCAAAUAAUGCCAUCAACUCGAGCCCUCCCUCCCCCACUUUGAAUUUCUAGGCGCCGCCCAUGUAAUGUAGAAUGAUUUUUCUCACUGUCCAACGCUAUCCACAACUGCAGGUGCGACAUAAAAAAUAACAAGUAUAGAUAUGCCUACGGUCUAGAUUAUAUCAAAACAACCACAUGAAGUCACAUUCAAUAAAACAUAUCUUACGAUAAAUUUUAGCAAUCGAUCGAAGUAGAUAGUUCAUAGUAAAAUUAAAACAAAGAAGGAUACUCUGACUGUCAAUAGAAAUAAAACUAAAGGG